AUGGCAGCCGCUCAACACCCUCUCGCAGGGCUCGCACGCUCAGGAACCAAUAGUCCAUCUCGCCCGAAAGCCCAGCCCAUCCCGGCUCGGGGCGAGCUGUGGACGCUCCGACGGGCGGCCGAGGGCGAGAGCAUGCAAGCCAGUCGUGCGCCGUACGAGCGAACGAGUAUAAGGACCGCCGCGGGCGCCCAGCUUUCGUCGCACGCCGAACUGCUCCUCCGGCCGAGACGUUCGAGAGAGCUGGAACGCGUGCCCGACGAAACACUCGCCCUCGUGCAAGACAGACACUCGUACUCGGCCAGCAGCACCACUCGGCGGCUCGUCCAGACUGCGUCGAGGCAGCAUUGUGGCAUCAUGGACCAGCACCACCCCGGGGCUGUCGGCCAAGCCGACGUGCUCGAGACGCCCAUCUGGGUCCUUGUCGUCCGCAUCUUCCAGAUCCUCCUCUCCGUCAUCAUCCUCGCCCUCGCCGGCAGGGUCGCCCACGACCUCUACCUCGACGAGCUCGGUCUCGCCAUCGCCGUCCCCAUCCUCACCUGGAUCGUCGUCGGCUACGGCAUCGUCACCGAAAAGGUGGUGCCGUGGAACGUCGCCUAUCACGUCCUCGCCGUCCUCGUCCUCGACGGCUUCAUGCUUGUCAUGUGGCUCGCCACCUGGGCCGCCGUGGCCGCCAAGCGCGCCCAGUUCAAGUUCCCGACCCAGGUCCAGUCCUGCUUCGACAACGGCAGCAUCUUCGGCAGCAUGAGCUGCGCCAGGAAGCGCGGCCUCGAGCUCCUCAAGCGCGACAUGCUCUUCAAGGGCGGUCAGAACAUGAUGUCCGCAGCCGCGGGCCUCGGCGCCCUCGUCUGGCUCCUCUUCAUCGUCACCUUUGUCUGGACUCUCGUCAUGUUUCUCCGAGGCCGCAAGGACGGCCGGUUCCCCGUCGUCGGCGGCGCCUCCUCCUCGACGGCUCAUCAGACGCAGUCCAUGGUCGAGCAGCAGCAAAAGGCCCCCGUCGAGGCUCAACCGACGGGUCAGCAUCCGCCUCCUGCCCAGAGCCCCUACCACCAGCAGUCCCCCUACUCGCCGCCUCCUCCGGGCGGCGCCUACUCGCCCCCGCCGCAGGAUCAGCAGCAGCCGUUCGCGCAGUACCCGCCGCAGCAGUACCCGUCUCCGGGGUUCCAGCAGACUGAGCUGUCGGGCCAGCCGCCGCCGCAGCACACGACGCCUCUGUCCGCGGCAACCUCGCCCUCGCCGCAAACGUACCAGCGCUAG